GUAGGGUUGCUACAGUGUAAUCUUCCAGUGUUAUAUAAAGUGGUAUCGAACAAAGGAAGUAAUCCCGUUUCAGAAUGUUGCGACACAUCUUAAGCAUCGAGCGAUCGGCCUUAAGCUACGGAAACUUACAGAACAGAGCGACGCUAUGAUGUAAAUCACCACAUGAAUUUCCGCUAAAAAAAGUAUCUUCCGCCAUGGAGAAGACGCUCAACUUGAAGGCCAUGAUCACCAAGUUCCUGAAGGAGAUCAAACACAAGCUGGGCGAGACGAUGACCCACUUCGACCCCGAGGACGACGAGGAAUACAUGUUCGCCUACCUGUGGGGCAUGCACGAGGCGCACCGCUUCCUCACGCCCCAAGUGCCCGCUGCAGCCAAGUCCCAGGAGAGCGCCGAGGUGUGUCGCUCCGAAGGGAACCGCUACUACAACAUGGGCAACUUCGAGACGGCGAGGUCGUUGUACAGCAAGGGCAUCAUGCUCGCCCCCCACCCCAGUCUAAAUGAGAACAGCUCCAGCCGGGGCAGGACCACCCCGGGGGGGUUAAGUCUUCAGGACACAGAGAGCAUUGACAACAGAUCCACCUAUGAGGAUUACGACACGCUUGCCAUCUGCUACGCCAAUAGGUCCGCCGUGCACCUGGAGCUCGGGUACUUCGACGACUGCCUCAGGGACAUCGACCUAGCGUUCCAGGCCGGAUACCCCGACGAGACCAAACUCAUGAAGAGGAAGGUGCGGUGCCUCCACGCCCGGGGGAAGGACGACAAGCCCUCCAAGAUGGAAAUGCUAGCCAUCCGCCACCUGCACGGACGACCGAAAGAGGAGACUUUCCACGAGCGAUUCAGACUGUACCAGCAGAGUCAGACCGGAGGCCAUAUCUUCACCGAAACUUUCCGGAAGUCGCUGCUGUCCGAAUCCGAGGUCCCGACUUCGAAAGUGAGCGAUCCCCACCCGAACAUCCCCGCCCUCAGCAGCGCCGUCACUCUAUCCUACAAGCCCGACCGAGGCAGACACAUCGUUACUGCACGGGAUGUCUACCCAGGCGAGACACUGUUGGUGGAGGACAGCUUUUGUACUUGCUUGAAGGAAGCCUCUCUUGCUCGCCGGUGCACCACCUGCUGUACCCGGAGCAUCAACCCCAUUCCCUGCCCUACGUGCAGUCUGGUUGUGUUCUGCAGCGAGGAGUGCAGAGCGCGAGGCCUCGCCGACUACCACGAGCAGGAGUGUGAGGUUCUUCCCGCUCUGGCGGCUUUCAGCGGCGAUACUCCAUGUGUGUUAGCCUUCCGAAUCCUUAUGAGGCUCUCCUUCGCACGCCUUAAGGAGCUGAUCCCCAGACUUAAGAAAGAAGCAGAGACACUGCCUCCGGAGAAACUCGGUUUUAAUGAAGACGGCAUAUACAGUUCUUACGACUUCCGUGCGAUCUAUCACCUAUGCUCAAACAAACAACACCAUACCAAUAAACAGCUUUUCGGCAGGUGCAUUGAGGCAUUCAUCGUAACCAAGCUCCUGGAGAUGAGCAGGAGGUACUUCGUGAACAGCCGCGGCGAGCCAGUGUGUCCCAGCGAGGAAGACGUCCUGCUGACGGGGAGCACCUUGGUCUCGCUCAUCAUGAAACUCCGGUGCAAUAUAUUCACUAUUAAAGAUUUACAGGUAUCCUAUAAUAUCACCGGAGACGUAGUCGGGGCGAACGUCGGGACGAAAGUUCUCGCUACCAUGAGUUUGCUGAACCACUCGUGUAACCCAAGCGCAGUGCCAAGCUACGGCAGUGACCCGUCUUCACUGUAUGCCGUGAGAUUCAUCCCCGCGGGCGAGGAAGUGACGACUUUCUACGGCUUUCGGUACUUUGAGAAGGACACCUCCGCGCGCCGGCACCACUUGCUCAUCCACUACUACUUCCUGUGCAAGUGCGAGGCGUGCGAGAGCGACUGGCCCGAAAAGAGCCACUUCCCCGCAGAGGUUUCCAUGAAGUGCGUGGAGUGCGCGGAGGCGGUCAGCUGCAAGACGGGCGAGUGCAGGCGAUGCCGCGUGGAGAAGCCGAAGCAGGGGGACGUCGUCAGGAGGAACAAGAAGAUCGGCAAGGAGAUUCUGCGGACAGUAGAAGCUUACACCCACAUACGCAACAGCCAGCGUUUCAUGGACGGCAAUAGCGAAGAGGACCGGGAGGUUAUUAGCAAAGUUAUUGAAUUAAUGGAUAGACAUGUAGUGCUGCCGUGCAAGCUUUAUUACGAAGCACAAGAAACAUUGCAAGUUUACCUGAACCGAGCAGGGAAAUUCAUGUACGUGAUUCCAGACAAAAAGGAAGAAAAUUUAAAUGACCUUUCAAGAUUUUACUGGCCACUCCUUGCCUAAAAUGGAACUGAUAAGCCAGUGUAUCUAAGGAUUCCCUGUCGCAGGUCAAAUCCUAUAUUCGACGGACAUUUUUAUUGUAAUGGACACAUAACUCUUUGAAGAUAAUACAGAUAAAAUGGUGCCAUUGAUAUGAAAAUCUAGAACUGGUAUCUUAACAAACUGAAAGUACAAUGCCAAAACACACACACACAUAUACACACACACACACACACACACACACACACACACACACACACACACACACACACACACACACACACACACACACACAGUGCAAGAGUUCUUAAGUGCCUUUACUUCCAAUAUGACAAAAAAUAAAUCACCUUAGCUAUCCACGGCGGGUAAAAAGCAGGAAGGGACGAGCUUCUGUGGUGCCUUCCAUAUGUUCAAUGAGUCACUGCUGUCAGAUAAUCAAUCAAUUUGUUUACCGAUAAUCAAAUAAAUAUGGGUAAAAAAAAAGAAGGUUUUCUGGUCGGAGAAUGUAGAGAACGCCUGUUACUAUAUAGAAAUUUAGUAAAAUAUAUGUUAACCGCAAUUUAGAAGAAAAGAAAUAAAAUUCAAACAUAGUGUAUCUGGAACAGCUGAAAUACGCUCAAGAUGCUCAACUUGGUUCAGUAUUGUUGCACAUAGAAUCGCAAGUAAAAAAAAUAUAUCUAUAUAAAUGCAUGACACGUAAUGACAGACAAAAACAACAGACGAAGGAUUGAAGAAAAUUGUCAUAUCCGUGUUGUAGAUCAUAUGAACUAGUGUACAGCACCCUCACCGAAUUAUACAGUGUAUGUGUACCGUUGAAAUAAAGCUUUGGAAAGCUAACACUACGUUACCAUGAAAGAGUCAAUGCAACGUUGAAAAAAGAAGAAAAAAUGAAAAAGAAAAAAAGUAUUUAGACAGCGUGUUAGAGAAAGGUCCCUUAUCGUGUUAGUUAGUGACUGCGAUGACGUGAGCACACCUUACAUCAAGCCAGUAUAUAAGAUGCUAUUACUUGUCUCCAAAUCAAAUAUAAUUAUCAGCUGA